AUGCUGAAAAAACUAGCAGAAAGUAAAGUAGAAGGUGGUCUGAAUUUGGGGGAUGACUUUGAUGGAUACAGUGACUUAGACAGCCCUAGUGAGUCAGAAGAUGAGGAUGAUGUUGGUUACUUAGUUGCACCACAACACCAUAAGAGGGGGAGAGGGAAACAGAAGCAAAACGACACUGAAACUGAAGAGAGGGAAGCCACUUUUUAUGUUGGGCAACAGUUUGAGAAUCCAAAGACAUUUAGGAAAGCAAUCAUAGAUUAUUCAAUUGAUAAAGGAAGAAACAUUCCAUUUUCUAAAAAUGAUUCCACUAGGGUUUGUGCAGAGUGUGAGCACAAAGAUAAAGGUUGUAAAUGGAGAAUUUGGGCUUCAUGGGAGAGAGGAAGAAGGUCAUUUACAGUGAAAACAUUUGUCAGUGAGCACACUUGUGAUAGGACACCUAUCAUUAAGAAGAUGACUUCACAUUGGAUUGCAGAACACUACCAGAAUCUGUUUAAGGUUAACCCUUACAUGAGAGUGCAAGAUAUUCAGGAAACCAUUUGGUUAGAAAAGGGUAUAAGGGUGAGCAAAGACAAGGCUGCCAGGGCUAGGAGAAGGGGUCAAGCAAUCAUUGUUGGUGAAUACAAAGAGCAGUAUGCAUUACUCCCAAGGUAUGCAGCUGAGAUACUAAGAAGCAAUCCAGGGAACACAGUGAAGUUGAAGUUGGAUGCAAAUGUGUUUGACAGACUGUAUUUGUGUUUUGAGGCACUUAGGAAAGGGUUCUUGGCAGGAUGCAGACCUUUCAUAUCACUUGAUGGAUGUUUCUUAAAGGGACCAUUUGGGGGUCAAUUGUUAGUAGCAGUAGGGAGGGAUGGAAACAAUCAAAUGUUCCCUUUGGCUUGGGCUGUUUGUGAGGUUGAGAGCACUGACACAUGGAGUUGGUUUCUAGAACUUCUAGCUACUGAUUUAGGCACUAGUGAAGGAGCAGGGUACACUUUCAUGUCUGACCAACAAAAGGGUUUACUUGCUGCUGUGUCAAAUGUGUUUUCACAAGCUGAAAGUAGGGUGUGUGCAAGGCAUGUGUACUGUAACUUUAGGGGAGUGUUUGGAGCUGCUGAAGACCUACUGAAAAGGAACUACAAGAAAUGGUGUAGGGCAUUCUACACUCCAUUAUCUUGUUGUGACAGUGUAGACAACAACAUGAGUGAGGUGUUUAAUGCAUACAUCUUGAGUGCAAGGCACAAGCCUAUUAUUACCAUGUUGGAAGAUAUCAGAGAGGGUUUGAUGGAAAGACUGCAUAAGAAAAGAGAUUUCAUUGGGGAAAAGGAGAUAAUGUUGUGUCCUAGGAUCCAAAUUCAGUUAGAGAAACACAAAGUUUGGGCUAGGGGUUGGAAUGCAUACUGGGAUGGUGGGUUUUGCUAUGGAGUAAGAGAAGGUGCAACACAGGUUAAGUAUGUGGUGGAUCUGAACCAACAUACUUGCAGUUGCAAUGCAUGGCAGACCUACAUGAAGGCAUAUGAAUUUUUGUUAGAGCCUUUAAAUGGUCCUCAAGAGUGGCCUACUUCUGAUAGCAUUGUUGUGGCUCCAAAGGUGAAAAAGGUCAAUGGAAGACCUAAAACAAAGAGGAGAUAUGGUGUUGGAGAGGUAACUGCAUCUGGUAAGCUGAAGAGAACAGGUUGUUCUAUGAAAUGCAGCUUAUGUGGUGUGAUAGGCCACAACAAAAGGGGUUGCAAGAAUGCCCCUAAGCAACAACAACACAGCAACAAUCAUGCUACUGCAGAGCAGACCACACCACAGCAACAACACCCAAGAACCAGUUCAGCUAUACCAAUGCACAAUAGGGGUGUGGGUAUUUAUACCUACCCAAAUGGGUAUCAAAGAAUAGCUACUGUAAGUCAUUCAAUAUACUCAAAUUCUUUCUUACAUGUUACUUUACUGUACUGA